AUGGCUCGACACUGUUUGGGUGACUCAACCAUCCAGAGGAAGAAAUCAUUUGAGCAAAGGGUUCACCUGGCCAUGCCGACGGUGACCUGCUCUGCCAGGGGGAUCAGAGCUGGGUUUGGCCCGCUGGUCAAAAACAACGUGCGUGUUCGAGACCUAUCAGGGAUUACAUUCCCUGUGCUUCACUCUGAGGGGUCCUGUGGAGUGAAAAUGGAUAGAGAGGACAACCAGAACCUCUCUUUUUUCAGUAGAUAUGACAGCUGCUAUGCUUAUGUUGAGGGCAGAAAAGUGUUCAUCUCUCUGCUGGUCCAGCUGAUAGGAGAUUCUCAGUGGCUCAAGGUAAAUAUCAGCUGUCCCCUGAUAAAGAGAAGCAAAGAACAGAUCCACCCAAAAGCCCCCUCUGAAGAGUGCAGUGUUGAUAAAUCUCUGCGGAUAGACUGUGGCCACCAAAGUAUCUCUAGUGAUGCUUGCAACAAAUUGGGAUGCUGCUACGACGCUCAUGCUUCCAACUGCUACUACAAACUCAAUGCCUGCUCUCUAGAUGGACACUUUGUGUUCACAAUUAAGGCUACAGACACACAUCCGCCUAUCGAUCCCCGCAGCCUUGUAAUCAAGGACCAGCCUCACUGUGUGCCUGCACUCACAACCCCAGACACUGCCGUCUUCAAGAUAGGAGUCACGGAGUGUGGUGCAAAAAUGAAGAAAGAUGGAGAUCUGGUGCUCUAUGAGGUGGAAGUUGACGAGCUGGACACAAGAAGUAAAAACAGAUAUUCACAAUUCAAUCUUCAGGUCCAAUGUGAAUAUGAGGAAUCGGAUCUAAAGCGUGCAAAAGACUUGCACUCCUUGUAUAUAGUGACCAAUCCACCUCCUGUCAUCGGCCAAGGAACAAUUGGGCUGCAGAUGAGAAUAGCCACAGAUUCAUCUUUCACAUCCUUUAUUCCUGAGGACCAGCUUCCACUGACCUUGCCGCUGCGCAAAGCUGUGUAUGUGGAAAUUUCUAUUGUGCAGCCAUCCCCAGAUCCUACACUAUCUCUGCGUGUGCGAGAUUGCUUUGCCUAUCCUGCAUCUAAACACUCUGUGUGGACACUUCUCCAUAAUGGUUGUCCCAACCCUUUGGAUACCAUGAGAAGCUCUGUCCCUGUAGACAACCAGGGGAAGACCUCCUCCCUCUCUCAAGUCAGGAGAUUUGACAUCAAGACUUUUGCUUUCUUGGACCCCAAAACAGGCGUUCCAAGCAUGGAAGAAAUGUACUUCUAUUGUUGGGUGGAGAUCUGCACAGACGAUGUUGAGUGUGCACAGCCUUGUGCCAUCACCUCAUCUGAGGUUGGAAGGCAGAGAAGACAGGCCUCUCCUGAACACCACCAGGUCCAGCUGGUCUCUACAGGACCACUGGUACAGAAUCAGCCUCAAGUGGAUGAUGAUUGGGUGGAGAAACAAAACACAAUGUUUCAGCUGAUGUAUACUCUCUCCGGUGUUGCCCUGCUGUUGAUCCUGCUGUUCAUUUUAUGGUCAACAUCAAAGUGUCAGAAGAGAGGACAUAAAGGAUUUGAUGUGAAAGUUCACAGUGAGCAGUCUCAAUAAAUCACUUUUAUUGUGCAUUUACUAACUUUUUUUUUUUUUUUUUACAAAAAAAACCUAGAUGACAGUGUGAAAAGUAAAGACCAAAUUUGUUUGCACUUGUCAUACUAAA